CUUUUUAUUAAGGUUAUUAAGAGAAAUGUUUUCGCUAUUUAAAAAAGAACAAGGGUUUUAGUUUGUUUUCUCAUUUAAAAAGUAAAGAAUUAAAUGUUUUUUAUAUUUUGUUAAAAAUUUAAAAUAUAUAUGACAAAAUGAUGCAUUGUACAAAAAUGUUAACUCUUAAAAAGAUACCUUUGUCGUCCACAUUAAAAUAUAUAACAGAAUAUAAAUUUAUCAAUAAUAGCAAUAUAUAUUUUUUAAUAAAACCUCAAUUUCGUCAUUUUUAUAAAAAUGUACAUAUAAAAAAUGUAUCUAAAAAUUUAAUUAAACCAAUAAGUCCAAGUGGAAUAUUUAAAAAUUUAUUACAUAGGUUUGAUCUUUUCAGGCAAAAAUAUUAUUUAAGUGGAUUAGGCUAUUUAUUAUAUGAUGACAUUCCUAGAAAUCUUAAUUAUUCAAUAUUUUUUAAAGGUUUUAAUAUGCCAGAUACAUUUUUCUCUUGGUUUUUAAUCACAGAAUUGCAUGUUUGGAUGUUAAUGGUACGUUUUAUGGCUGAAGGAGAAAAAGGUAAAGUAGUUGUAAAGAAUAUUGUCGAAGCCAUGUGGCAUGAUGUUCUUGCAAGAGUAGAAUUACUUGGUCCAAUUGCUCCAAAAGUGAAAAAGGAACAAUUAAUGGAAUUAACAUAUCAGUUUAAUGCUGCUGUAAUUGGUUAUGAUGAAGGAAUUAUGUCAGAUGAUAAAAUAUUAGCUAGUGCAUUAUGGAGAAGGUUUUUUUCUUUAGAAUGUAACAAUCCAGAACAUCUAGAAAAACUUUUAAUUUAUGUUAGAAAACAGAUUAGUGAAUUUGAUAAAAUUCCACCUGAAAAAGUUUUCCAAAAAUCAAUAGUAAAAUGGGUAGAUUUGUAAAUUAUCAAGUGAAAUUUAUUAAUAUUUCUGAAUGAAUUUGUAAAUUUUAACUAGUUAUAAUUUAAUGCAACAAAUAUAUUAAAUCUAUAUAUCAAAAUU